AUGUCAUCAAAUAUUAUAACUGAUCAACAAUGUUUAAUCGGAGAUGAAAAUGAUAAUCCACCUACAUAUCAAGAUGCAACAAAUCAAAGAUAUGGAACAUUCACCAAUCAAUCUACAACAACGAAUAUUUCAUCAUAUCCUUAUAUAUUGGGUUCUCAGCAACCAACAGUGAUCAUCCUCGGUGGAUGUCCAGCUUGCAAAGUUGGCAUGUUAGACACUGAAUUUACAUGUUUGGGUCUAUGUUGUGCAAUAUUUUGUUUUCCGAUCGGAAUUCUUUGUUGUUUAGCACUUCGACAACGACGGUGCAAUUUUUGUGGAGCUAUUUUAGAUUAA